AUAGAGACAAGCAGGGCUGGCCAACUCAUUGGGUUGUGGUUUGGGCUUUGUGUGAAAAUUUCUGAGCUUCUCUUCAUCAAAGCUGUGGGAUUCCUCUUCUCACCUUUGAGGAUAAUCCUUCUGUUAAAACUUCAUAACCAAGAGCUGAUAUUGUUCAUCAAAAAAUAAAAAGAGCCUUGCUUUCAUUGGCUUGGUUUGAAGUCUUAAAAAACAAAAUCGUUGGACUGACAGAAGGAGAAGCUGCCUCCGUGAGCUCCAUUAGGUUGGGUGAGAAAGAUAUCAUGAUGACCGUGAGAUCUCUAAGUUUGAAGAGAAGUCAUUCAGCAACCAAAAUGGAAUCUAAUCCGUCUGCUCAUGGUGUCCUUGCGAAGUCAUUUAGCUUCAAAAACUGGAAACGAGAAAACACCAAGCUUGGACCUACUGUUCCAUCUAAGAAUCAAGCCAUGGAUGAUGUCAAAGCAGUGCCGACAUCCUUGAAGAGCCCGGUGAAGGGUGCAGUGCCUGAUGUGAAGUCUCCAGGGGGUCUUCCUGGAUUUUCUUCACCGAGGCCUCGGUGCGAGCUUGAUGCAGCGGCCACCAAGCUGCAGAAGGUCUACAAGAGUUAUCGGACUCGGAGAAAUCUGGCAGAUUGUGCCGUCGUGGUUGAGGAAUUCUGGUGGAAAGCAUUGGAUUUUGCAUCUCUCAGUCGUAGCUCCGUAUCAUUUUUCAAUGUUGAGAAACCAGAAACAGCAGUUUCCCGUUGGUCAAGGGCACGAACCAGGGCAGCCAAGGUUGGUAAGGGCUUGUCCAAAGAUGAAAAGGCUCAAAAGCUAGCACUUCAACACUGGCUUGAAGCUAUUGACCCACGCCAUCGUUAUGGGCACAAUUUGCAUUUAUACUACGAUGUUUGGUUUGCCAGUGAGAGCACUGAACCAUUCUUCUACUGGUUGGAUGUUGGAGAUGGCAGAGAAGUAAACCUUGAGAAGUGCCAGAGAAGCAAGCUUCAUAGCCAGUGCAUCAAAUAUCUUGGACCGAAUGAGAGGGAGUCAUAUGAAGUCAUUGUGGAGGAUGGGAAACUUGUCUACAAACAAACUGAAAUGCUUGUGAACACUACUGAAGGUUCUAAGUGGAUAUUUGUUCUUAGCACAUCAAGGACAUUAUAUGUGGGGCAGAAGAAAAAGGGCACAUUUCAACACUCAAGUUUUCUAGCUGGGGCUGCCACAACAGCUGCUGGAAGAUUGGUCGCUGAAGAGGGGGAUAUCAAGGCUAUAUGGCCAUAUAGUGGUCACUACCUCCCAACCGAAGAGAAUUUCGAGGAGUUCAUUAGCUUCCUGCAGGACAACAAUGUAGACCUCACCAAUGUGAAGAGAUGUUCUGUUGAUGACGAUGACUACUCCUCAUCAAAGAAGCAUGCCAAUGAGCCAGCAGCAGAAGUACCAAAGAUGCCCGAAGUCGUAGAGGCUGUGAUUGAGGCUAACAAAGUUGAAGAACUUGCAAAAGAGACUGCCAGGGCAGCUCCAUUCGAAUUGGGCAAACGGCUAUCAUGCAAAUGGACUUCACCUACUGGGGCUCGUAUUGGUUGUGUGAGGGACUACCCAGCUGAACUCCAACAUAAGGCUCUUGAACAAGUUAAUCUUUCACCCAGGGUUGUCACCUCCCCCCUUGGGAGCAAGGUUCCAAUCCCAUCUCCACGCCCAAGCCCCAACGUGAGGCUUUCACCUAGGCUUCAAUACAUGGGCAUCCCUACCCCCACUGUCUACCUUACUCUGCCCAAGCCCAAGAGGAUAUGAUUUGGUGGUAUUUCUCCUGCCAAUUCAGCUUCCUAUGCUGGUUCCAGUAGAGUUUUGCUCAAAAUCUUACAGCAACAAUUUUGAUCUUUGGCACCCAAGCCUCGUGCCAUUAACGAACUGUGCGCCGGAAGCUCGCAGAAGACGACCGCCAACCCAUCUGCAAUUUUUUCUUUUUUUUUUUCUCAGGUUUCUUUCUUGACCUUUUAGUCAGAGAUUUGUUUGGUUGAGCUGAACAAAAGUUCUUUAUUUUCCUUUAUUCCUUUAGUUUUGGACCCCACAAAUGCACGCCAAUCCACGGAGUGUAAAGUAUGACAUUCUUUUUUUUGUAGAUGUGGAGAUGGAUGCAAAGAUUAUUCUUUUGUUUAAGAUAAUGAAAUUCUUUUGUUCUUCCUUA